AUGUCUACACCAAUGAUUGUAUUACCUCUUUUGUCUAAAUUAAAACAACUUCCAGAUCUCUCUGCUCUUAUUGAAGAAUAUGUAGAUAUCUUCAAUUAUGGCUUACAUCAACCCAAGACCAAAACGGUGCAGCAUGAAAUCCAUUUAAGUGACCCUCAUAAAAAAAUUAUGUUGAAACCGUACUCUUUAAAUCCACAUCUCAAAGAGGUAAUGUACGAACAAGUCGAUGAGAUGCUUUCUGCUGGUGUCAUAGAGCCAUCUACAUCUUCCUACUGUUUCCCAGUCGUCAUGGUAAGUAUAGACGGAAAAAAGCCACGUUUCUGCGUAGACUACCGCCAGUUGAACCAAAUAACCAUAGAGGAGCCAUCCAUCCUACCCAAAAUCUCUGAUACACUCAAAGAUCUAGGCAAUGCCACUAUUUUCUCAGUACUUGAUCUAAAAUCAGGAUAUUGGCAAGCCCCAUUGCAUCCAUCAUCCAAGCAAUAUAUUGCUUUUUCUACCCCUGAAGGAGCCCUCUAUCAAUUCACAGUCAUGCCCUUUGAUCUAAGGAACGCCCCUGGGGCAUUCCAAAGGCUGAUGACAAACGAAGUCCUUUGUGGAUAUCUAAAUAAUUUCGAUGAAGUUUAUCUAGAUGACAUUAUAAUAUAUAGCCCAAAUUUAGAAACGCAUACUUACCAUCUCCGCUUAGUAUAUGAACGAUUAAGAAUCCAUGGUCUUCGAAUUUCGCCAGAAAAAUGUCAAAUUGCUACUUCUGAAAUAGACUACUUAGGACAUCAUAUAUCCGGAAAUACCAUACUACCUCAGAAAAAACAUAUUCUUGCCAUUCAUGAUUUCCCUACUCCUAAGUCAAAGAAACAACUUCAGACUUUGCUCUGGUUGGACAGAUAUAAGGAUUCUAAAUCAAAACUUACCCGAUGGGCAUUGUUAUUGCAGGAAUAUUCUUUUGAUUUGAGACAUUGUGCUGGAAAGGACAAUGAACUCCCUGAUUUUCUGAGCCGUAAUCCCGAAAACAAGACUUUCAACAUUCAAGAUAUUGACAAUGAACGAUUAUUACCACCAGGUUCUAACUCUAAUAUCACAGGUCCAGAAUGUGUACAAGUAAAUAACAUCUCCCACAUGAACUUGUUCGAAAAUGUAGCCAACGCUCAACGUCGUUCACUCCCUUUGCGUAGAAAAGUAUCCAAAUGGAAGCGUAUCCAUUUUAAAAGUCACAAAAACUUGUCCGAACAAAGAUUUCUUGACUCCUAUGCAGUCCAUGAAGAAGAGGAUCUUCUCUAUAAACGCUGCCGGUUAUCUGAAAAACUUGUGGUUCCCCGAGCUUUUAUUCAAGCAGUUAUUGCAUUUUUCCAUGACAAUUCCGAGAACGCUCACCCGGGAAGGGACGAUACUGCCCGUCAAAUAUCUCGAAGAUAUUAUUUCAAAAACCUCCAUAAAACUGUUGGUCCUUAUAACACGAGUCGUAGAGGAAAGAAAUAUAUCUUAUAUGUAGAAGAUGUCGUUACUAAAUGGGUCGAAGCCGAUGCUUUUUCUGAAGUCGAUAGUAAAACUAUUAUAAAAUUCCUGAAAUACGAAGUAUUUUCUAGAUUUGGAGUUCCUCAAACAAUUAUCUCCGAUAAUGGUCCCCAAUUCCGAUCAAAAAUUUACAAAAAAUUUAGCCAAGACUACAAUUUCAAUCUCUUAUUUGUUCCUAUAUAUCAUCAGCAGAGCCGCCCUGUAGAAAGACGGAAUCAAGAAUUGAAGAAGGUUCUACGGACAUUACUUUUAGAUAAACCUGAAAAACACUGGGAUGCCUAUUUACCUGAAGCUUUGCGUAUCCUGAGAACCCGUAGAAAUGCUGCUACCGACGUAACUCCUGCUAUGGCACUAUUGGGAUAUGAUUUACCUGGUGCUGGUGAAUGGAAUUUACCCAGUUAUAAAUCUGAAAGAGAUUUAGCAGAGUCCAAAUCCUGCGAAGAACGAAUUCAUAAUAUUAAAAUCCAUCAAGAUGAAAAAGAUAUAUUAACGAGACAGAACUACCUCCAGUCAUUCUUAAUGUGGGAGACACAGUUAUGA